AUGUCCAACGCCCUCUCCCUCAUAGGCUGGGCCUUUUUGCCCAACCUAGCAACUUCCUGGGUUCAGACGAUCUACUACGGCAUCACCAUUCGUGCAGGCGAUCCAAAGCCCCAGCCUGGCAGCGCCAAAUAUGCCAUCCACCGUCGAAGAAUCCACAUCCUCGUCGUGUCUCUCUAUCUCCUCUACACCCUCAUCGAGGCAGAUCGCACCCUCCGCUUAGAGGGCACCUUUUACACAGACCUCGACGUCGCCUCCAAUGCGCCUGUUCGGAUCAUCAAGUCCCGUUUUCGACGACUUGCCGCGGUUUACCACCCCGACAAGCAGACGGGCGAUACAAGCGGAGCAGCGGCACGCUUCAUGCACCUUAAAACCGCCUCCGAAACGUUGGCCGAUGAGCCCCGGCGCUUCGCCUACGAGCGGUUCGGCCCCAUUGUAGGCUCGUGGCAGAACUGCAAGACGAUACAUGACUACGUUUCCCGGGGUGUCUUCCAGAGCACACUUCCCCACUACGGCAUUGCCGCUGCUGCUACGUAUGGUCUCGGCCUGUUGGGCUACCUGGACUGGGGCCGCUACUGGCGUUGGGUGAUUCUCCUCCUCUUUUUCGUUGGAGAGCUUAUUGUUGUCACGCGUCCUGCGAUGCCGCCGUAUCUGGAGAUGGCCAACACCGCACUCAGCACGGUUCUUCGACGUCCGCCCUACCUGCAAUUCCAGCUUGUGUCGCUCGCGCGCCAGGCUGCGGUUACGAUAUACAUCGCUUUUAGCCAGAUCGGUCCCCUGCUGAACCCAGAAGGCCAGGCGGCGCAGCGGGCUGCGGAGGGAUCUGCGGCGGCUGUCGACGAGGGGCUGCAGCGGCUCGAGAUGCUCGUCCGCGGGCUCGAUGGGGAGACCACUAGGUUGCUGGAUAUGGAGAUGAUGCCGUUCGCGGGAGAGAAGGCGGCGCUCAGCAGUGUGCGUGCCAAGGUCAAGGACUGGUUGAUUCAGAACACCAUCCGGUCUGAUCCGAUGGUGAGAGACGCGAUGGGCAACUCGUUCCGGAAGAGGAGAGUAGAUGCGCCGGCUGGCGCCAAAGACGUUGAAAUUCACACAAUGUCAGCCUCAUCAUCAUGGCUCCUCCUGCCCCCAGACCUCAUCGAGCACCAAAUAGGCCAAAUAGACUUGUUGAUGGCAAUGUACCCUACAGAAGACGAAGUGACUCUCGACAGAGACUCUGAAGAACUCCUCAACUCCCUGAAAUUGGACGUCGAAAACGGCACAACUACAAUACAGUCACAGAGAAAAUCAGCCCCCAUAGUGACACUAGUCCUGAAACUGGCCGUGCCGGAGUACGACGAUAAGACGCUACACCUCGACAUCAACGUGCCCUUCUCACACGAGGGACCCGAAUCGCCAGAUGAACCGCCGCGGAUAAGACUAAGGAUACGCCAACCGGACUGGAUGAACCGCGCCGCGGCGACGCAACUCAACUCGCAAAUCCCCGAAACGGAAGACCUCUUCAGCACAAUCGAGGCGGUAAGCGAAGCGGCAUCCCGCCAAGCCGCCGCCGCCGCCGCAGAAGAAGAAGAACAAGAAAAGACGACAACCUCGUCAACUUGCGCGGACGCGGGGCCCUUGGUGCGCGUCUGGUUCUAUUUCCCGUCCAUCUCCACGCGUUCCAAGCGCGACGACUUCAUCAUCCACGCACCGUCCUACGGCCUCACGGGGUUCCUGUACGCGGGCAAGCCGGGGCUAUUGUGCGUGGAGGGCGCGUCGCAGAACAUUGACGACUACAUGAAGUUCAUCAAGACGGAGAGCUGGGGCGACAUCCCCGCGCACCACAAAAAGGUCAGCGAGCGCCACCGCGAGAAGGACGUGCAGAAGAGGGUGUUUGCGGACAUGGAGGAGAUCACGGACUCGGUCGGCGAGAGGCGCGGGCAGAGGGCCAACCGCGGGGACAUGAAAGCCGUGGAGGGGUGGCUUGUGGACAGGGGACUCGGAGACGCUUUUGCCAAGGUGCUGAUGUAG